AUGAGUAAUCAGGCGCGGACCCCCGCUCCCUCCCCGGCCCAGCCAAACACUCCAUCCCGGACACCAACUCCCAUCCGAACUGCGACCCCGGUCAGAACCUCAGUCCCGGCUCACAAUCCGACUCCGGUCCGAACUUCCACCCGGGGCCCGGUCUCGACCCCGGCCCACAACCAGACUCCGGUCCAAACCUCCACCCCGGUCCGGGGUCCUGCCCAGGUCCCGACCCCUCCUCCAAUCCGGUUCCCAACCCCAGCCCCAGCCCCAGCCCCAACCCCAGCCCCGACCCCGGCCCCAGCACCAGCCCGGACCCCAGCACCAGCCCGGGCCCCAGCACCAGUCCGGCCCCCGAAACUAGCCCGAGUCUUUCCCGCGAACCCUCCGGCGGAGUCCUUGCCGAGCUCGGCCUCACCCGUGGCUCAGCCCUCUUCUUCCAGGCGUGCUAGCUCUGUCUCAAAGGAUCCCAUGCUUCCUCAAAAGCAGGAACCUUCGACCCACAGACUAGCGGAGGCCAUGCAGGGUUCCCUUCCGGUGCUCACUGCCGCGGCCUCAAAGACACUGGCCUCGGUCCGGGACUCCAGCCCGCAGCUAGACUCCUUGGCUUCCGAUGCCAUGGCCUCCAGUGCAUUGGGCCCCCCUCCGGACGCCAUCCCCGUACUGGAGUUCUUCACCGCCCAGCUAAAGAAGGCCCCUGCUCUGGGUCGGCUCCCCCCACCUUCCCCAUCACCCAGCUUCGUCUGCACCACUGAGGUCGCCUCGACCAGCGAGAACUUCCCACCGGCCAACAGGAUUUUGAUUCGUGUGUUAUACUGUGGCCUCUGAAGCUAUGGCCUUCGGUACAUCCUUCUGAGAAAGACCCUGGAGCAUCAAUUUCCAAACCUUCUGGAGUUUGAGGAGGAAAAGGCUUCCCAGGGAACAGGAGAGUUUGAAGUGUUUGUGAACGGGAAGCUGGUUCAUUCCAAGAAGAAAGGUGAUGGGUUUGUGGAUGAGUCCAGUCUGAAGAAACUUAUGGGUAUUAUCGAUGAGGAGAUCAAGAAAAGGUAGCAGCAAUAGUAAAGCUGGAGAUGAGUGUGGAGGAGUGCAAGGCCAGGAGCAGGUGUGGAAGUAAGUGAGCUGCAGCAGGGCAACCUUCGCCUGCUCAGCCGACCCUCACCCUUAAAACCACAGCACAUCACAUCUUUUAUUUUCAUUUUACAUUGUGGGGUGGUGGUGGUGGUGGUACACAUGAAUGUCAAGGCAUAUAUGUGGAAGUCAGUGGACAA